AUGGCUUUAAAAACUCGUUGUGGAGUUAUAUCUGUGUUAAUCUUUUUGGAGAUAACAGUGGCGUUUACGGAACGAUUGACAAACGAAGGACGGUUGAACCGCCAAAAGCGCCGCGCCGUUGAAUGGGGACCGGAUAUCGCCGGUCCAUACUGCGCCAAGAGGUCGCCGCAGUGCUGCUCAGACCGGCGGGACGAGUGUUCGGUGCCCAUCUUGGAUACGCUUUGUUACUGCGACGACUUCUGUGACCGGGAACGCAGCGACUGCUGCCCUGACUUUCAAUCAGUCUGCCGCCGGCGGCCAACUAUACCACCCUCCCCGAUACGAGGCUCACUGCGAGCUACAAUGGAAGAUACUUCCAACAGAAUUGACCAGGUGAAGAUUAACUGUAACCUGUGUCGAUGUGUGAGCGACAUCCGCAGUACCAGCGGCUAUUCGUUUCAGUGUGAAAACAACGUAUGCCUGAUACAAGAGAAUGUGAUAAACACCAUCAACAAAAACUCAAACAGAUACGGAUGGCAGGCGAGCAACUACUCUCAGUUUUGGGGCCUCACGCUGGAAGAGGGGCGAAGAUAUCGGCUGGGAACCAACAAACCGGAUGAGCUCGUCAUGAAGAUGUCGAACCUUGAGGUACUGAACGAGGAAAGUCUGCCUCGCGAGUUCGACUCCCGGAAGAAGUGGCCUGGUUGGGUACACGGGAUCCGUGACCAAGGAAACUGUGCAGCAUCGUGGGCAUUCUCUACAACCGCACUGGCAGCUGACAGAUUGUCUAUCGAGUCGCGGGGCGCCAUGCUGUUGAACCUGUCCCCCCAGAACCUGCUCUCGUGUAGUCUUAACAACCAGGAAGGGUGUCUAGGCGGCAGCUUGGAUAGGGCCUGGUGGUUCCUUAGACAUCGAGGGGUGACGACGGAGGCAUGCUACCCCUACACCAGUGGUGCAACCGGAAAUACCGGCACAUGUCUUGCACGGGACCUGCAGCGGGAUCGCUUGUGCCCGGCCGGGCGACAGAGCCGUGAAAAGCUUAUUUAUCAGGCUACGCCCCCAUACAGAAUCUCAUCCUCGGAAAAGGAUAUUAUGUCGGAAAUACAAAUGAAUGGACCAGUACAAGCGACGUUCCGUGCUCAGGACGACUUCUUCAUGUACCGCUCUGGGGUUUACAAGUACUCGCGCACGGGCUCGGUCUCCGCCUCCCGUGAGGACGAUAGAAGGCUGUACCAUUCCGUCCGGAUCACCGGGUGGGGCGAGGAAGUUAUAGGUCAGCGACUCGUGAAAUACUGGCUAUGUGCAAACUCGUGGGGAACGGCCUGGGGCGAAGGUGGCUACUUCCGGAUCGAGAGGGGGUCAAACGAGUGCGAGAUCGAGUCCUUCGUGCUCGGUGUCUGGGGUAAGGUGGAAGCGGACAUGGAGCUACGGGAACUGCUCAACUUAUUCCGCGCAGAACGCGUACGCGUGAGCACUGAACAGGGCAGAAGUAGGGGCAGACGACACUUGAGACGUCAUCGCAGGCGACGGAACAAUCACAAAAAGCAGAAGUGAAAAUCUGCAUACGGCUUGGUUCAAGACAAUACAAAUGGCAAUUCAUGCCGUCAUUACUAAACGAGAACUAUCAUACCUUAAUUCCUGAUUUAUAAUGUUGUCAGAUGACAGAGUUACAUAACAUCAUUUUCAACGAAACUGAAACAUAAAUCCAGUGUGUACCCAAUAUGAUUCUAAAUAAAGCAUUAUCUUCGUGGUCGGAAACUCAAGUAAGGGAAAGCUUUUUAACUAACCAAAUAAUGUAUUCAAAUGGUCGCAUCCAGUUUACCCCCAAUUAAUGGCGAGAAAGCGAUUUUAGUGUAAUCACAAGCAAUUAGAAGCAAAGAGUGCUGAUUGAGCAAAAGUUUUUAGUAGUGAAUAUUUGUUAUUGCAAUGAAGCUUAGUAAAGGCCACAAAACAGUGAUCAGUUGUGCAAUGGAACAAAGGAGCAAUUCAUAUAAAAAUAUUUUAUUCCAUUUUUCUUAUAAUCAGCGGCGAGCGCAAUGCGUCAAAAUGUGAAAAUAUUUAAUAAACAUUCUGCCUACCGCAUUUAGCUUGUUAAAUAUGCCAUUUUGUCUUAUUAACUGUUUAAUAAAAAAUAAACAGUAUAUGUCGUAUAAUAUGUGUAAUUACAAAGUGACACACACAAUUACAAAAAACUCUGCUUAAAAAUACGGUUGUGGGGAACAAUGGACCAUGCGGUCGCAAUAAAAAUGUGCAUACGGGUAUGGCAUUUGACGAAUUUUAUGUGCGGCAAAUCUGACGAAUAUGUGAUCAAUUUGUUCAGGUUUAAUCUCUGAUCGCGUGUUUUCAUUUAACUCGUUCUUUCAGAAAUCUUCAAACAGUUAAACGCAUUUUAACAAGCUUUUUACCAUAUUUUUUUAUCAAAUGUAACGUUCACACUUAAUUGCAACUACCCUUUUAAGCAAUUAAUGUCAUAUUUUUUGUUCCUUAUUCCACUUUUUUUCCUUGUCGCGUACAUGUUACGGUAAGCACUUUUCCGAUGUUACCUAAGUGGCCUUGAUUGUGGAAGAUUAAGGAGGUAUAAAACCAUUUUGAUAAUAGGAGAAAAUAUAUUUGUUAGGCGUUAUCCGACAUAGUCAUUAUUUUGUAAAGGGAUUACAAUGGUCCAUCCAUUAAGCACUUCCUAAGAUUUUCCCAUGAAUAUCCCCUGGAACUCGUUUUCAUUUUGGAUUCCAGAAAAGCUCUUGGAAUCUUGGAAAAUAUAUUUCUGAAAACUGGAAAAUGUUGAUGAGCCGAAAAAUGAUAGAAAAUACUGACUGUUUUAUAGCUUAUUAUAUUUUAUUUAGUUAUUAAUGCAUUACAUACAUACAUGUAUAUAUGCAACAAAUGUAAUAUGUAACAAAUAAAUUAAUAAAUAGUG